AUGGAGUACAAAGUUGAAUACCGACAGCGACGGGCUGAACAUCUGAAGGACCUCUAUGCGCAACGAUUACUGGCAUCGGUGGAAGAGCACGACUUUAAGAUGGAGUAUUUUCUCACCUCGCUCACUCAGUGUAAUAUUGAGCUUAGCCGCAAGUCACUAUCGCUGUUGGCCACCUAUGAACCUCGCACCUUUGAGGUGAAUNCUAAUAUUGAGCUUAGUCGCAAGUCACUAUCGCUGUUGGCCACCUAUGAACCUCGCACCUUUGAGUCUCUGGUUGAUUUAGCUAAAACCAACUUUCACGAAGUUGGUGAUUCCGAGAUAUCACGAAACGUUAAGNCGCUGUUGGCCACCUAUGAACCUCGCACCUUUGAGUCUCUGGUUGAUUUAGCUAAAACCAACUUUCACGAAGUUGGUGAUUCCGAGAUAUCACGAAACGUUAAGCCUUCAAAUGGCGUUAUCACCCGUGAUAUGCUGAAAAACUGA